AAGAGACAAGUAUCUUUUUAUUAAUCGCGAAUCAUUUACUGCUCGACUUAAAUUAAUAUUAAUAGUACAGCUUUUAACAAAAAAUAUCAGACUUGCCAUUAAGAUCGCAAGAAUUGUUAUUUGUUAUACUACUAUAUAAUUAUUAUAUAAGUUAUAUAACUAUUAUAUAAGAAUUGUUAGUUUUUACAGAUAAGACAUACAAUUUUUCUAGAGAGGGCCGUCGAUUCUAGUGAUCGCUUUACUAUUACGAGAAAAACUUUGGCAGCUCUGCGAUGCCUGAUCCGCAUCAUCAACUGAAAAAGGGAUCCGUGGCAGAGGCUACCCUCUUUCACAAUGGGUCGUCUUCUCUCUCCAUCGAUAGGCGGAAAAAGGUUUUAGAGGUACAGAAUAGGGGCCAGUAUCCCCGGUCAGAAAGAGCGAGAGAGAGAGAGAGAUCCCCUCUUUUGCCCCGGCUCGCUGCCCAAGCACGGAGAGCGGUUACUUACGAUUCUACAGUCAACCUCUGGACAUCCACCUGCGAGGAACGGAGGUGCUCGACCCCGCUCGACAUCCGGUGCAGUGACAUGAACGGUGUUUGAGAGAGAAAGACCGAGAAAAAGAGAGACCCGCGCGUGUACCCAGUUAUUGCAAUAUUCCCUGUUUCGCUCUUUCCCUUAUUUUUAUUUUUUUUUACUUUUUACUUACCCGAUUUCGAGGACGGCCUGACCAAUUUUAAUGUAACACUGAGGUCGCCGGACGGGCCGACGAGGAAGGACUUGCAACGCAGCCUGAAACAAAUGUUCCUCACGAUGUCCAGGUAUCUCGGUCUGAUACUUGUUAUCACAGCAUUCACGCAUGCAUACGGUGCCAAGAAGUGCGAGGGCAGUGGUCUAGGUCUGAAAUAUGUGUGGGGUGACGCGCUCACCGAUUCUGAUGACUGCAUAGGACCGAAUAACAUGCAGUAUCCUUCCGCCGCGAUAUCGAAGAGCUUUAAGAAUCUCUGGGCGAGCAGUAGUCGAACCGCGCGAUCGCAUCAGCCACGGACGAUUGAUCCCCAACUGACGAGGCAGACGCUGCUGCACAACUACAGAGCGGCCCACGGGGACUACUCCAUCGCCGGAAACGCUCGGACCGGCCGUGCGUUUUCUGCGAAGGAAAGUUGCGGCUCGCCCGCCAGACUCUGCAAAACGAGGUACAACACCACGGCGCCUAUGUACGGCAUCAGCCUAACCAGCGGGCAACCUGUAACGAUCGUUCAGAAGUUCCCUGAUCUUCUGCAGCAGGUUGUCUUCGAGGUCUGCGAAUCGAAGGAAUGCGACGUGGUUCACGGCGAGUGCACACAGACCUACGUGCCGUACCUGUUCCUAGUGAUUCCCCUCGGUCCGGUGACCCUGACCGGCCAGGAUUACGUGUUGGUGGAGAGCGGUUGCGUCUGCAAGCCGAGAAAUUCGGCGAGCGCGUCCACGGUGGAUGCCCCACCUGCCGUACCAAGCUUCUAAGCUUCAUACGUGUCAAAACCGCAAAGUCACACGCAUCCGGCACUGCUGAUCGCCGGGAUGACGACGAUGGAACCCGCCACGAACACCGCGUCCCAUCUGGACGCCAUUUCUCGGUACGGAAACGACUUGGAGAACGCCAGAGUUCUUGGAUGGCUUCGGCGACCAUAACAUCGACACUAAGCUAGAUUGUUAUUUCUCGAGAGAAAUCUGCAAGAGUGCAUGGCUGCGCGUGAGGCUGAUUUCUCGGAACGAAAUCAAUUUGUCUUCUAUCUUUGAAGGAAGACAUUUUUGUCGUUUCGUAAUCGUGAAAUUUGGACAUUGAAGGGCAUUGACUCAUUAAAGGCUAUACAAUUCCUCCGCGAUUGACUUCAUUUCUUAUUUUUUAUAUGAACAAUAUCAAAUUAUUUUUAUCAUCGUAGAUUGUGAUUUGUAAAUUAUAGA